AUGACAGAGCCAUAUGCUAAAGUCGGUCGUGGUGGCGCGGGGAAUUUCUAUAGUCGUGAGGAUGUGAAGCAAACUGAGGAAGCACCGCCGAAAACAAAUCUCCAACCUCAAGUCCCGACCACAGAGUACGCGCAUACCGGCCGAGGAGGAGCGGGGAAUUGGGUGCAGCCUGCUACGCUGCCCUUACCUGUCACCGACCCAAAUCAUACUACGAAGGCGCCCGUAGUCCCAGAACGGGGAUCGAGUGCGAAUGCUGGGAAUGGAGGCGCUGCGGUGUAUAGAGGUGGGAGAGGCGGAGCGGGGAAUUAUAGUUGGGGUGUUGAUGAGGAGGUUACGGAGAGGAAGCGGAGGGAGGAAGAGGAGGUGAGGAGACGGGAGGAGGGGAUUAUAGAGGGGGUUAGGGGGGAGGUGGAGGGGACGUUGAGGGCGCCGCCAAGGGUUAAGGAUGGUGGACGAGGGAGAGUAUGA